CAGGUCCAGGGAAGGAGAAGGGGAAGUCAGAAGGGAUGUGAAACUUGGCCACAGCCGGACAGGCACCACCCCUGCUGCGUGUCCCACAGGGGUCCCUGGGUGGAGGACAGGAGCAUCCAGUUGAACUGACUGCCAGCUGAGGCAGUGGCAUCAUGGAGGCCCCAUGGGGCUGGCUGGUGGUCUGCGUGCUGGCCACAUCCCUGACCUUUACAGUGACCCAGGAUGUGUGCCGAGCACCAGAUGGGAAGGCUGGGGCCCCAGGAGCGCCUGGCCGACCCGGACGGCCAGGCCUCAAGGGGGAGCAAGGGGAGCCAGGGGCACCUGGCGUCCGGACGGGCAUCCAGGGCCUUAAAGGAGACCAGGGGGACCCUGGGCCCCCUGGAAACCCUGGCAACAUGGGUUUCCCUGGGCCCAGUGGCUCCCUGGGUCUCCCUGGCAUCCCGGGAGUGAAAGGCAUCAAGGGCAACCCGGGCAACAUCAAGGACCAGCCACGGCCAGCCUUCUCGGCCAUCAGGCGCAACCCACCAAUGAGUGGCAACAUCGUCAUCUUCGACACGGUCGUCACCAACCAGGAAGGCCCGUACCACAAUAACACGGGCCAGUUCAUCUGUGCUGUGUCCGGCUACUACUACUUCACUUUCCAGGUGGUGUCCAAGUGGGACAUCUGCCUGUCCAUCGUGUCCUCUGGGAGGGACCAGGCCCAGCGCUCCUUGGGCUUCUGUGACGCCAACAGCAAGGGCAUCUUCCAGGUGGUAUCCGGGAGCACAGUUCUCAAGUUACAGCGUGGCGAUCGGGUCUGGAUCGAAAGAGACCCCGCCCAGGGCCGGAUUUACCAGGGCCCUGAGGUGGACAGCGUCUUCAGUGGCUUCCUCGUCUUCCCAUCCAUCUGAACCAGGGAGGGAGCCUCCCGACCCUGGCCUCACAUGCUUCCUUUUCUGUGUGACUCACUCCACCUCUCUGGUUGCUAUGGUCUGCUCUGCCUGGGGGUGCUGUUGCUUGAGCUGUCUGAAGGGAGAGGGCUGGCUCCCGGGGCCCCUAGAACUUGCCGCUGGCUGCACGCUGUAAGGAGACUGAUCUCUUCGAACCCUUCCUACGAUAAAUAGCUGAGGCCGUG